AUGGCCAUGAUGCAGGAAAGCCUCUGUGAUGGAAACCCUGGCUGUCAAGGGUCUACUUUAACUAGUGCCACCGUAUGUGUUGUAGCAGGCUCCGACCUCAGCCUCAUCCAACAGCAGCAGCAGCAAAAGCAGCGAGAGGAGGCUGAGGAGGACAGGCCAGAAGUGCCUGGAGCAUCCUCCACCGUGGUGGUUCCAGUGUCUGUAUUUAUGCUGAAAGUCCAGGUGAAUGACAUCAUCAGCCGUCAGUACUUGAGCCAAGCAGUUGUGGAAGUGUUUGUGAACUACACGAAGACAAAUUCCAUAGUAACUAAAAGCAAUGGAGCAGUGUUGAUAAAAGUACCCUAUAAAUUGGGACUCAGCUUAACUAUUAUUGCAUACAAAGAUGGCUAUGUGUUGACCCCUCUGCCUUGGAAGACUGGAAGGAUGCCAAUAUAUUCAUCAGUUACACUUUCACUGUUCCCGCAAAGCCAAGCAAAUAUAUGGCUAUUUGAAGAUACUGUUUUAAUUACUGGAAAAUUAGCUGAUGCCAAAUCUCAACCCAGUGUUCAGUUUUCAAAAGCCUUAAUUAAACUCCCUGACAACCAUCAUAUUAGCAAUGUUACUGGCUAUCUUACAGUUCUACAGCAGUUUUUGAAAGUUGACAAUUUUCUGUAUACAACUGGAAUUACUCUCAGUAAACCAGGUUUCGAAAACAUUGAAUUGACUCCUCUUGCUGCAAUAUGUGCGAAAAGAUUGAAAGAGUUGAAAGUGGAUGGCUCCAUUCAAGUUUCUCUCCCCCUUCUACAUACAAAUGAUGUGAGCACAGGGGAUCGGAUACCAGCUUGGACAUUUGAUAUGAACACGGGUGCUUGGGUGAAUCAUGGCUGGGGAAUAGUCAAGGAAUAUAACAAUCAUUUAAUUUGGACAUAUGAUGCACCACAUUUGGGAUACUGGAUAGCAGCUCCACUUCCAGGAACGACAGGUUCAGGUAUCAGUGAGGAUUCGAAGGACUUAACAGCCUACCACACGGUGUUUCUUACAGCCAUAUUAGGAGGGACGACAGUCAUUGUCAUUGGUUUUUUUGCGGUACUUCUUUGUUAUUGCAGGGAUAAGUGUGGUACUCCACAGAAAAGAGACAGAAAUAUCACUAAACUCGAGGUCCUCAAGAGAGACCAGACAACGUCAACAACACACAUAAAUCACAUCACUUCAGUCAAAGUUGCUUUAAAAGCUGAGGACAAGACACAGUUAUUCAACUCCAAAAACUCCUCAUAUAGCCCUCAAAAAAAGGAACCAUCAAAGGCAGAAGCAGAAGAAAGAGUUCCCAUGGUGAAAACGCGGGACAAUUUUAAAAUCUAUAAUGAAGAUGUUUCAUUUCUAUCAGUCAAUCAAAAUAAUUACUCAAGAAACCCAACACAGUCUGUGGAGUCCGGUGCAGGGUCAAUCCAAUCUAAACAUAUUACCAGCAAUCUAUCUUCAUCUUUAGCUGAUGCUCAAGAGGAAAAGAGGUAUCUGGCAGGUAAUGAGGAGGUAUAUGGGCGCUCCCACAUUCCUGAGCAGCUUAUGCAUAUCUAUAGCCAGCCCAUUGCCAUCCUUCAAACAUCGGACCUUUUCUCCACCCCAGAGCAGUUACAUAGUGCUAAGUCAGCUACUUUGCCAAGAAAAGGACAGUUAGUCUACGGCCAACUGAUGGAACCAGUGAACAGAGAAAACUUCACACAGACGUUGCCCAAAAUGCCAAUGCAUUCUCAUGCACAGCCCCCGGAUGCCAGGGAAGAGGACAUUGUGCUGGAAGGCCAACAGAGCUUGCCAUCCCAGACUUCAGAUUGGAGCCGAUACUCCAAUAGCUUACUGGAAUCUAUCUCUGUUCCUGGGACACUAAAUGAAGCUGUUGUCAUGACUCCAUUUUCAUCAGAGCUUCAAGGAAUUUCUGAACAGACCCUCCUGGAGCUGUCUAAAGGAAAGCCCUCACCCCAUCCCAGAGCCUGGUUUGUGUCUCUGGAUGGAAAGCCAGUGGCGCAGGUGAGGCACUCUUUUAUAGACCUGAAAAAGGGCAAGAGAACCCAGAGCAAUGACACGAGUCUGGACUCUGGGGUGGACAUGAACGAGCAUCAUCCGAAUAGAAAGCUCGAGAGGGAGAAGACGUUCAUCAAAAGCAUGCAUCAGCCCAAGAUUCUUUACUUAGAAGAUUUAGACCUAAGCAGCAGUGAGAGUGGAACCACAGUCUGCUCCCCUGAAGACCCAGCCUUAAGGCACAUUCUAGAUGGAGGCAGCGGAGUUAUCAUGGAGCACCCUGGGGAAGAGUCCCCGGGAAGAAAAAGCACUGUCGAAGAUUUUGAAGCCAAUACAUCUCCCACUAAAAAAAGGGCCAGACCACCACUAGCCAAGAGAGAUAGCAAGACUAAUAUCUGGAAGAAGCGAGAGGAACGCCCACUGAUUCCCAUAAACUGAUUUUGAGGUGGCGUGUCUCUGCUGUCUCGUGCUGUUUAUUCUUGCUUCUGUUGUACAUUGCAGUGUGAACUCUUUAGGAAGCUGAGACUGAGCAAUCUCAUGGUCCCUGGACGUGUCUUAAGCAGAGUAAAGUAAUAAUUCAGUAAUCAGAGAGAAAGAUACCAAGAGAUGCUUUCUCUAGCCUGUUUCUGUUUUUGUUUUUGUUUUUUUUUUUUUCAUUUUCUUUUGGGUGAGGAAUUUAAAGUAUCCAACUUCUCAAAAUGUAAAAUAGCAUCAAGAUGUAAGUUAUCUGACAAUAUCGCUCAGUCAGCCAUUUUGGCCCCGACUCUCCUCAGAACUCAUUGUGAACAUGUGUACUUUUAAAGUUGCUUCCAAAAAUGUUGCUUCUGCCUCGGUGACUACCCCGUGGGACAUAUGGAAAUGAAACCGUCUUCUUCAGGCAUCAUAUUCUUGUGAAAUGUCACUAUUAUGUGCUCUUCUGCCUAUACUUGAAAAUAACUUGAUAAAUGUUCUGGACUGAUGUUAUUCUAGAGUUUAAAGAUCAAGCAACACUUUCUUUGUUGCGAUAAAUGGCAUAUGCAUUGUAUCAUUCCAAAAGUACAUCCUACACUCACUUAAGGUGGUAAGGAGCUACUUAGUUGUUAGGGAGAAUUCAGCUCUUUGGUUGUUUUGGGAUAUAACUUCUAAAUAAUUUCUUCUUUAGAAAUUUGAGAAACGAAUGUUCUAAAACUGGGCUUUUAUUUUAGAAUGUGUCUGCCUCAAAAAUGAAGUGAGCUUAGCUAUCGUGAAAAACUUUUUUUUAUGAAUAUGAAAACAUAAUCUGUGACUUUAAUUUAAAGUUCCCUGAUACAUACAGUCCAAGAGCAAAUUUUUAAAAACAUAUUUCAUAUAUUUCAAAAAAUCAAACUCAAUACUUAAGGGCUAUCAAAGUUUCUUGUGACACCAAAAAUUCACAAAAUAUGUAGAGCUAAAAUAACAUUUCAGUUCUUUCCUGAAGUAGAGGUGAACAGAAAAGGAAAGGCCAUUUUCCUGAGGCCUAAAAAUGCCUUUAUAAUAUUACUUGUAUCUCCAGAUGUUGAUAUUCAUAAAGGAUGUUUGACAAAAACAAUUUCAGUUUCAAGGGAAAGGUAAAAGUUUUUCCUUAAAUGACUUAUAGCUUUUGCAACAUUUGCCCCGAAGCCCUGUUUUGGGAGUAGUAUAUUCAUAUUCUUCUCAUCAUAGCAAAGACUCAGUGUGAACACAUUCAACAGCUGUUUUGUUACAUCUUCAACUCUGAAUUACUAUUCAUAUGUCCUACAAGUGAAAGCUCUUUUCAAACAUUUUUUAAAAAUUAUUUUAUUUAAUUUUAUUCAUUGUCAUUAUUUUAUUUUUUAA